AUGAUUGGGUCGAAUGCGAGCGAGGCGGCGUCGCGGGCGGUGGAGGACGCGACGGACGGCGAACGGGAUGCGUCGACGUCGACGAGCGAAUCGAAGCGCGCGUCGAGGAGUGGGAUGGGAUGGAUCGGUUUGGACGUCGAUAAGGCGCUCUCGACGUUCGCGAAGGGUGGGAACAAGGGGGCAACGGGGGUGGUGGGAAAACCGACGCUCCCGACGUUCGAGCGGAGAGAGGAGAAGACGCGAGGGAUCAAGGCGGCGAAACCAAAGGUGAAGGACGCGGAAAAGCUCAAGCUUGAGUGGGGGGACACGCUCUCUUGGGACAGCACGCGCGUGGACGGGACGGCGCUGAACGGCGAACGCGCGCCGUCUCCCGACGUGUUCGACGCCAUCCUCGGGGUCAUCGACGUCGAGGAGAUGGAGAACUUGGAACGUCAGCAACGUGCGAAGCGGAUCGCAAAGCAGCUCGAACGACGUCGAAGAAAGCGUGAGCAAGACGAGGAGAAGAGGAAGCGUAAAGCUCUCGAACAAGCGCGCGCGCAGGCGAGGCGCAAGGGCGACGUCUUCAGGUCGAUUGAUUUCGAGGAUGAACAGGAAACGAUUGACAGCGAGGACGAGAGCAAGCCGUUCAUCGCCGUCGUCAAGGAGACCGUAGAUUCGCUCAUGCAGUCCGACGUGGCGAAGUGGACGUUCAACUUUAUCGUCAUUCCGAGCCUCAUCUCCCGAAUCGUCGCCUUCACCGUCAUCGCCCCCAUCGUCGGCGAAGAGCUCAAGCUUCAGGGCCAAGAUCGGACAACGAUCGAGCUGCGAGAGGAUCAAGAGUCGGAAAUAUUAGCCAAGCUCGAUCGUUUCAAACAGCGCAUGGACUACGAAGUCGUGAUGGGUCGUCAGGCCCCGUUGCCCGCCGUCGAAGUCGAGCGGCGCAUCAGAGCAGAGGCGCAACGACUCGAAGACGAGGCCAUCAGUCAAUAUGUCUCGGUGGAUGGCAACAGAUACGCAGACUUGGUGUUCUUCGCCGCGUUCCUGAUCAUGAUUGUCGCGUAUAACGAUCAAGCGAGGCUCGUGGUGACGGGCACGAAGAACGCGUUCUUUGGUCUAGAGCCGGCGCAACAGGCGUUCCUGUUGUUACUCUCUUCCGACGUUCUCGUUGGAUACCACUCGGCCGAUGCGUGGCAAACGCUUCUUCGCGCCAUCGGUGGGCAUUACGGCUUUGCUGAAGAUGAGAACUUGAUCUCUCUCUUCGUCGCCUUUGUCCCCGUGUCCGUGGACGUGGCUUUUAAAUUCUGGGUGUUCAAGUACCUCCGCCGUUUAGCACCGUCGACGCAGGUCAUCCUCGACGACAUCGACCGACACUAG